CCGGGAGCGGGACAGAGCUGGGAGCGGAGCCGGAGCUGGGAUCGGGACUGCGACCGGGAUCGGGACCGGGAUUGGAGCUGUGAUCGGUACCGGAGCUGGGAUCGGGACUGUGACCGGGAUCGGUACCGGGACCUGGGUCGGGAUUGGAGCUGUGAUCGGUACCGGAGCUGGGAUCGGGACUGUGACCGGGAUCGGGAUCGGGAUUGGAGCUGUGAUCGGUGCCGGAGCUGGGAUCGGGACUGUGACCGGGAUCGGGACCGGAGCUGAGAUCGGCACCGGAGCUGGGAUCGGGACUGUGACCGGGAUCGGGAUUGUAGCUGUGAUCGGUGCCGGAGCUGGGAUCGGGACUGUGACCGGGAUCGGGACCGGUACCGUGCCCGCAUUGUCCCCGUCCCGCAGCGUCCCCGUCCCGCCGCGCACACGGAGCCCGCGAUGGCAGCAGCCGAGGGGAAUAAACUUUGGGGUGGAAGAUUCAGUGGGAGCACAGAUGCCAUCAUGGAGAUGCUCAAUGCUUCCAUUAGCUAUGACCAGAGACUGUCUGAGGUGGAUAUCCAGGGGAGCAGGGCUUACGCCAAAGCCUUGGAGAAGUCUGGGAUCCUGUCUAAAGCUGAGCUGGAGAAGAUCCUGGGUGGCCUGGAAAAGAUCUCUGAGGAGUGGUCCAAGGGAGUCUUUGUGCUGAAACAAAGUGACGAGGACAUCCACACCGCCAACGAGCGCAGGCUGAAGGAGCUGAUUGGAGACGUGGCUGGGAAGUUGCACACUGGCAGGAGCAGGAAUGAUCAGGUUGUGACUGACCUGAAGCUGUUCAUGAAGAAUUCCCUCUCCAUCAUCUCCACGCACCUCCUGCGGCUCAUCGAGACCCUGGUGGAACGUGCUGCCAUAGAAAUCGAUGUGAUCCUGCCUGGCUACACCCACCUGCAGAAAGCUCAGCCCAUCCGAUGGAGCCAGUUCUUGCUCAGCCACGCCGUUGCUCUGACCCGCGAUUCUGAGCGCCUGGGAGAGGUGAAGAGGAGGAUCAAUGUCUUGCCUUUGGGAAGUGGAGCUCUGGCUGGAAACCCCCUGGGAAUUGAUAGAGAGCUGCUGUGCAGUGAGCUGGACUUUGCUUCCAUCAGCCUGAACAGCAUGGAUGCCGUCAGCGAGAGGGACUUUGUGGUGGAAUUCCUCUCUGCUGCCACCCUGCUGAUGAUCCACCUCAGCAAGAUGGCUGAGGACCUCAUCAUCUACAGCACCAGCGAGUUUGGCUUCCUCACCCUCUCUGAUGCCUACAGCACUGGCAGCAGCCUGAUGCCUCAGAAGAAGAACCCCGACAGUCUGGAGCUGAUCCGCAGCAAAGCCGGGCGAGUGUUCGGACGGCUGGCUGCCAUUCUCAUGGUCCUCAAAGGACUCCCGAGCACCUACAACAAGGACCUGCAGGAGGACAAGGAGGCUGUUUUUGAUGUCGUAGACACCCUGAAUGCCGUGCUCCAGGUUGCCACUGGAGUGAUCUCCACCCUCCAGAUCCACAAGGAGAACAUGGAGAGGGCGCUGAGCCCGGAGAUGUUGGCUACGGACCUGGCUCUGUACCUGGUUCGGAAGGGAAUGCCCUUCAGACAAGCCCACGUGGCCUCCGGCAAGGCCGUCCAGCUGGCCGAGACCAAAGGCACCACCAUCAACCGCCUCAGCCUGGAGGAGCUGCAGCACAUCAGCCCCCUGUUUGGCAGCGACGUGGCGCAGGUGUUCAGCGUGGUGAGCAGCGUGGAGCAGUACACGGCCGCGGGCGGCACCGCCAAGAGCAGCGUGUCGGCCCAGAUCGAGCAGCUGCGGGAGCUGCUCAAGAGGCUCAAGGAACAGGCUUAGAGUGUGGGGAGAGAUGCCGUGCCUGCAGCGCUGUGCCUGUGCCGCUGCUCUGGAGUUAAUAAACACUGGGGUGUCACUG